AUGUCAUCUUCAAAUCAAAAUAGCAGAAAAUUAUUUGAAAAGUGUAAAGAUAACAAUACUCAAGAGGUACUCUCGUUGUUGGAUAAAAAAGAUGAUUUAAGAUUAGAUGUAAAUACAAAGUUUGAAGGUGGUUGCACUGCUACCUUCUUUGCUGCUUAUCAUGGCAAUGUAGAGCUUCUAAAACGAUUGAUGGCCUGUGGUGCAGAUAUAAAUUUGACAGAGGAGAAUGGUGUAUCGCCGCUCGCAGUUGCAUGUGUACAGGGAAAGAUCGCUGCUGUCGAGCUGUUGCUCAGCGAGAAUCACGACCCAAGUCAGAGAGUCACAGGACUGAUCGGUGCUUGUCAGUAUGGAUACGCUCAGGUGGUUAGACGUCUGCUCGACACUGGUAUCGAUGUCAAUAUAGAGGUCGACGAUGAGGGUGCCACACCGCUGUAUGUCGCCGUCGAGACUGCUCGUGAGGAGGUUGUCGCACUGCUGCUAUCGCGUGGUGCCGACCCAGCAAGACAUCGUCUAUUCUACUACCCAAUACACGUUGCAACACAGAUAUCGAAUUAUCCAAUCAUGGAGAGAUUGUUAAAGUCAGGUGCUAAGCCAGAUGUUAGAACACGUGACGGUGCCACAUCGUUGCUCAUCGCCGCACAGAAUGGAUUCAUAAGAGCAGUCGAUAUACUACAGAGUUACAAAGCAUCGCCCAAUAUUCAGAUGGUCGAUGGCUCCAGUCCACUUUAUGUUGCUUGCUCUCGACACCAUGCCAACACUGCUUUGAAACUGCUGGAUUCACCCGAUAUCGAUGUCAAUCUGAAACUAGAGGAUGGCACUACAGUUUUGCACGUUCUAGCACAAUAUGGAAAUACUAGUCUGAUAAAGGAACUACUCGAUAGAUUCUCAACAAAGAUUGAAUACGACGCAAAGAGAAAAGACGGAACUACACCACUGCUGAUAGCAGCUAGACACGGACAAUUCGAAAUAUGUCAAUUACUCAUUGACAAAGGAGCAGAUCUAAAUGCACAAUGUGACGGAGAUACACCACUUUCAGUUGCAACAAGAUAUGGUAGAUCAGACACAAUCAGAGUACUCACAGAAGCAACUAAUAAAUUGAAAGAAAAAGAAUCAAAAUCAACAGAAUGA